GACGCACACGUAGACACCGACGACAUGUGGACCCCUCUCCGCCUCUCCGCCUGUGCGGCCCUCCUGCUGCUCCUGGUCGCUGCCGCCCAAGCCUGGGACGUCAACAUGAAACUGACUGGACGCAUUAUGGAUGCAGCAAAGGAAGUGGACCACAAGUGCCGUGGAUCUACUGGGGUGCCAAGAGAAAUGCUCCAUAGAUAUGCUGAUGGGGAAACAGUAGAUGACGAUGAUUUCAAGUGUUACUUGAAAUGUAUUAUGGUUGAGUUUAAUUCUCUCUCAGAGGAUGGAGUUUUUGUUUUGGAAGAAGAAUUAGAAAAUAUUCCUCCAGAAAUAAAAGAAGAAGGCCAUAGGGUUGUACACAGCUGCAAACACAUAAAUCAUGAUGAAGCUUGUCAGACAGCUUACCAGAUACAUCAGUGCUAUAAACAGAGUGACCCUGAGCUGUACAGUCUGGUAGUUCGUGCAUUUGAUGCAACCAUUGAUGCUUGAGAGGAAGUUGUUUCUGUCAGACAGUUUACAGUGAAAGGACUGUCAAAUUAGUCUGAGCUGUGAAGUGUUAUAUGGGUGCUUUCCUAAAUGGAUUUAAGUGGACUGUGUUGCACUGUACACCAAAAAUUAAUAUCUGUACACCACAAUAAUAUAACCAAGUAAACAAUGGCAUCACAAAGUACAAUUCAAAAUAUUCUUGUAUAAAUCUUACUAAAGUCAGCUAGUGAUUUUUUUUUGCACAGAGGAAUAACAGUAUUUGGAGUGGUCAGAAAUGAAGCAACUCUUACUUGUACAUAUUACCAAUAUAUGUGAAGCGUGGAAAUACAGUAUCUUUCUGGCGAGAGAUCUGACCAGGCAUGUAACAAUAAUUGUGUAGUAAACUUUUAUUACCUCCAUGAAA